AUGCCCCGUCCCAGUCCGCGGUCGCCCGGCGCAAAACUAGAGCGAGGGCCGAAGAAGAGGGCGCCGGGAGUGCUGCUAAAGAGGGAGAGUUUUGAAGACCGGUGGCGGAUCGGGGGUUUUGGGGGUGUGGAACGGCCGCGGAGGGCGGGCGCAGCGGGUAUAGAGGAGUUCGUGCCGGGCGUGCCAGAAAGAAAAAGCUCCCAGUACGACGCGGGUCGGCAGACCCGGCUCGAAGUCGUUGAUGACGAGAAUGACUGCGUCGGAGGAGAAGCAAAGGAGUGGGAACCCGAAUCAUGA